CUAGGCCCAAGUGCAACAAUUCUCCAGGCAUUUCAUCUUGUCAUCAAUAUUCUUCCAGAACCCGAGAGGCUCGAAGCCCUUGAAAUUGCUUCCGCGAUCACCAAGACGCUAUCAGGAAAGCCAGGAUCGGAUCUCUCUGAAUCAUCACGAGUGGACGCUUUGGAAGCGGCACGGAAGCUUCAGAACACGCUAGAGAAACCGGGAGAUGGAAUGUUGAAAGUUGCAUCCACCCCGGUAGUCUGGAUGUGUAUUCGGACUUGUCUUGAGUUGAAUGUAUUCCGUAUGCUCGAAAGACAGGACGUAGUGUCGGCAGAGGAGAUCGCCAAGGAAAACGGCGCUGAUGAAAUAUUAAUCCGACGGCUUCUACGUGUGCUAACGGCAGCAGGCUACGUUGCCGAGAAGGGCAACGGCCUAUAUGGAUCAACGAAGUGGUCAAGCCACUUAAGUCAACGAACCAGCGAAGGCAUGGUCAAACACUUAUUCGAUUUAUGUACACCAGCCGCGGUGGAAGCACCUAGCUGGUUCAAAAGCACAGGCUAUCAACUCCCUACCGAUCCAGCAAAGGGAAUUAUCCAAGCCACCCAUGGAUUUAAAGAGCCUCUCUUCACCUGGUUUAAGAGGCCAGAGGCUAAAGAAGCAUGGGACCAUGCAAAUACCUUUUUCGAAGGCGAUCGAGGCAGCAGCCCAUCAUGGGCCUCUUGGUUCCCAGUAAAGGAGAAGUCACUCGAGGGCUACAACAAAGAUCUGCCCGUGCUCGUGGACAUUGGUGGCGGCCGUGGACAUGACGUUGUAGAAUUCUGCAAGAGGUUUCCAGAUGUGGAGGGAGAGCUCAUCCUACAAGAUCAGCAGCUUGUGCUCGAUAGCUCUGUCGCUGAUUUACCCGCCACGGUUAAGAAAUACCCCAUCGACUUCUUCAAAGAAGCACCUGUAAAAGGCGCCCGUAUCUACUAUAUGAAGUAUGUCUUGCAUGACUGGCAAGACGAUGCAUGCCUUCAAAUCUUGAAAAAUGUCUCAGCUGCCAUGACGAAAGGUUACUCGUAUCUUGUUAUCAACGAUAUGAUUUUACCCGAAGAAGGUUGUCCUCUUUUUCCAGCACUGUUGGAUAUUUUGAUGCUUAUUGUCCUUUCAUCUCAAGAAAGGGCAGCAAGUCAAUGGAAUAACCUCUUGCAUGCUGCCGGAUUAGCUAUCGAAGGUCUGUACCAACCCCCGGGUGAUGGAAUAGGUAUCAUCGUGGCUACGCUUAAAUGAAGUACGUAAGGUAGUCGGCGAGGAGUAGUAGACCCAUCGUACCUAUAUAGCGAAUGCGACUUGGUCAAGGUGCCGAUAGGAAUUUGCGGAUUUUGCGGUUACACUGGGAUUUGCAUACAGUACCUAGUCUACAUAA